CGAUCUUUUAAUCUCAUGGCUUCAUAAAAUUUCUCCGUCAUACGUUUAACAUUCUCUCCCCAUUAGUAUUUACAACAAAUACAUUUUCAUUUGAUCAAAAGGCCCUGUGAGCUUGAAAACAGCAAGAAAUGGAUAUUCAAGUUGGAAAGAAGGAAGGCCAAGAUGUUGUAGUUGCCUCAGUUGUAGAGCUUCCAUCAUCAUCAAUACCAGCUUCUUUUGAUUCAGCUUCCCUUUCUAGUUCGUCACCUGUUAUAGCCCACUUUGGCAUGGAUUCCGGAUUUGCCCAGCUUCGUUUUGGGGGAGAAUCUGAGCCGGAUAUAAGGACUGUAGUUGAUCUCAGAAGUUCUCAACUAUUUAGGCUAAGCCCGGUUCAAUUGGUCUGCAUAUCAGAAGCACAUGAAGCGAACAAAGAGACAACGUGUUCAAGGGGAAUCUCCAUUCAAUUUACAGAGGAGAAGGAAAGUAGUGCCUUCCAGAGCGCCUUUGAAAAUUGGAAAAAGCAAGUGGCUGUACAAGGUGCAUCUAUGCAAAAUGGAGCAGAACCAACCUCUAAAAGCAAAUUUGAUGACAAAAUUGAAGCAUCUUCUGCCAAAAUGUACUUUCAUUACUAUGGACAGCUUCUACAUCAGCAAAAUAUGUUGCAGGACUAUGUCAGGACAGGAACAUAUUAUGCUGCAGUUAUUGAGAACCGUUCUGAUUUUCAUGGUCGGGUAGUGGUUGAUGUUGGUGCUGGUAGUGGGAUUUUGUCAUUAUUCGCUGCUCAGGCUGGUGCAAAACAUGUUUAUGCUGUAGAAGCAUCAGAAAUGGCUGAGUAUGCAAACAAAUUGAUUGCUGGUAAUCCAUUAUUAGCUGACAGAAUCACUGUAAUAAAGGGAAAGGUUGAAGAUGUUGAGUUACCAGAGAAAGCUGAUAUUUUAAUUUCUGAGCCAAUGGGGACAUUGCUAGUUAAUGAAAGAAUGCUUGAAUCAUAUGUGAUUGCAAGAGACCGAUUUCUUGGACCAGAUGGGAAAAUGUUUCCUACACUAGGAAGAAUACACAUGGCACCAUUCACUGAUGAAUAUCUAUAUUUGGAAAUUGCAAAUAAGGCUGUAUUCUGGCAUCAAGAAAACUAUUUUGGCGUCAAUUUAAGGCCCUUGCAUGGAUCUGCCUUUCAAGGAUACUUCUCACAGCCUGUGGUUGAAGCUUUUGAUCCGAGGUCACUUGUAGCUCCUGCGAUAUCUCACGUGAUAGACUUCUCUUCAAUAAAGGAGGAAGAACUAUAUGAAAUUGAUAUCCCACUAAGAUUCAAAGCAUCUGUGAGCACUAGAAUCCAUGGACUAGCUUGUUGGUUUGAUGUAUUAUUUAAUGGCAGCACUGUACAGAGGUGGUUGACCACUGCUCCUGGUGCACCUACAACCCACUGGUACCAGCUGCGUUGUGUUUUGUCUCAACCACUUUAUGUCAUGCCGGGACAAGAUAUAACAGGACAAGUUCGGCUUGUUGCCCAUAAAGCCCAGAGUUACACCAUUUUCCUGACAUUAUCCGCUGUUGUUGGAGAUGUGCUUCAAACUUCAUCUGGAAAACUUGAUCUUAAGGAGCCAUACUAUCGGAUGUCUCAGCCACAAACGUAUUCUGUUGGUUCACAAGAUCAACAACAACCUCAUCAAUUAUUACAACAAACCCAGGAUGGCCAAAUGCAAUCUCGAGAUGACGAUGACGACUCCAUCUUGAUGCAACCGCUCUCACCAAGGUCCAAUGCUGCUGACCUACAACCCCUCUAAAUCAUCAUGAAGUAAAAUUUGUUGAAAUAUAUGCUUCAGUAGAUGCAGUUGUAUCAUUUAUGUUUCUCGCUUGGCUUAUUAAAAUUUUUGGGGAUUAACCUUAUGUCGGGUUUUGCCAACUGUGUGCAUGAUUCAUCAUAGCCAUUGUGACUUGCGGCUGGGUCGUCCUUCCCUAGGCAGUCCUAGGUGAAUCCACCUUUAGGUGGACACUCUUUCGGUUGGAGUUUUUCUUCAAUCUCAGACAUUGACAUAAAAUAUAUUUCUUUAAUGUUGGAUAGAAAUGUAUUGUUUUGAGUAAUAUAACUAUUCUAAGAUC